UCAUCGUCAGAGAUGCCAGACAAUGUUAAAACCUCGUCAUCUGUGGGAAACAGCUCCUUGAAAAAAACAGAUCCAACCUAGCCAAUAGGCAAAGAAACUCAGGAAACAGCCUCUCACUUACAAAUAUCAAUUCAAUGUUCUGAAGAAACAGUAAGGACAUCAGAGAUGGCUGACAAUGUUAGACCCUCCUUAUAUAUUCAAAACAACAGUUUGAAACAGACAGCUGGUACCAAGCCAAUGGUUAAAGAAACUGGGGAAACAGCCUCUCACUUGCAAGGGUCAAUCCAAUGUUAUGAAGAAACAGCAAGGACAUCAUCAGAGAUGCAUGACAAUAAUAAAUCAUCGUCAUCUAUUGGAAACGCGACUUUAAAACAACCAGAUCCAAACAAGCCAGUAGUUGAAGAGACUGGGAAAACAGCCUCUCAUCUACAGAACUUUAUGAAAAACGUACAUGUUCCGCCUGCACUAGAUGAUGUAACAAACGAGGAGUCAACAUCAGUGGAGACAGUUAAGCUCAGCACUGAUAAAAAAGAAUGGUACUAUUAUGUAUGUCCUCACUGUGGGUGCAGUUUUGUGGCAUUAAGCAUUGCGUUCUCUAAGUAUGCUAAGCACGAUGUUUGUUUUCUACGUGUGACGCAAAAGAUUGGAAAGUCGAGUUGCCCCGCCAUCUGGCAGAAAUUCAAUUCUAAAGUUAAAUCCAAUUCUAAAUUGGAUUUCAUAGCUGAUGAGAGCAAUUUGGGUGCGGCCAUCAAGGCAUUUAAAGAGACAGGGCGUGAAUGGGGAGUGCUGUUUUUCGAAGCUGAGGAAGGGAACCAUUGUUUCAAUGUUUUUCUUGAGGAGGAUCAUUUAGUUUUUUUCGAUGCCUUAAAUGAAGAAAUGUUUAGUGUUUAUCAGGAGACCGAUCUUCAAACGGUGCCCAUAGAUGGUCUAUCUAACUCUAAUCAUGUUCAAGUUUUCGCCAUUAAGGAGUCUGCUAUGGACGAAUUUAGCUCAGAGUGCAAUUUAAACAACUGCCUUUUGAAUUAUUCAAGAAACAAUCACGAUUCGCAGUUCUUUGUUAAGAGGAGCUUAGCAUGGUUGUCGUCAGAGACGCUUGAAAAUUAUAAAACCUCGUCAUCUGUGGGAAACAGCUCCUUGAAAAAAACAAAUCCAACCAAGCCAAUAGGCAAAGAAACUGAGAAAACAGCCUCUCACUUACAAGGAAAACAAAACAAUUUGAUACAACCCAUUCGGAAAUCUAAUGGAGGAACAUCAACCAUGAUUGAUCCUGGCUUAUUUAUAAAAAGGUGUUGCCACUGUGGCAUCACUUUUUUAUACUUCCUUCAUCAUGCCAGCGUGGAAUUAUGUCCUUACCAGGCAAUGUUUAAGCUUGGUCAAAGGCCAUGCGUCGAAAUAUGGCGUAGCCUAGCUGAGGAAAAUAUCAUAGAGGUCUUCUGGGAAGUUCGAGAAAUAAAACCCGGGACGAAAGCCUUCGAAUGCCUGAUGCUCAAAUUUGAACAAUCGCAUAUUUCUUCUGCAGUUUUGCUGUAUUCUGACAGCAAUGAUAGGUUUGAAAGUGUCAACAUCUUCAAAAAGAAAAAGAAAGUUUUUUGUUUUGAUCACAAAGAAAAUUUGAAGGUUGAUUACCUCCGUGAUGCCCGUAGGAUCCAAAUGGUUAUCUUAAAAGUUCUUAAAUGUGGCAGCCCAUGGAUAACCAAAUCUGAGCAAUGGAAAGACUGCUUUUCUCGUAAAUGCUUAAGAGAGUGGAAGAAAAUCUCAAAGAAAUAGUACGUUGACUGGGUGGGAUUGCAUGCAUGUACACAUGUAACAUUUAAUGUAUUAUUCCUUUUAGCUAAGUACAAUUCAUAUGAUCUUCAGAAGAUCUUACAAGAUCAAGUGGGUCUUUAGUGCACUAUAUAUUAAGGUUACAUUGCUAACAUAAAAUUUAUCUCUCAUUUGAAUUUAACAAUUUGUAAUGAUCAAUGUAGUAACUAACUUUCUUUCUACUAUUAACCAUUAGCUUGGGAAGCCUUGGGUGUUUGGGUGUCCGUCCAUCCACAACUUAUAGUAUGAAAGACACCCAUAAGUUUAGCGUCUUGCUUCAAUGUUUAUGACAAAAUGCAUGUUUUUAUAAGUAUAACAAAUUUUCAGAUUGAUGAAUGAGCAGUAAGAACCAAAAAUUUCAAAUUGUUUAAACAUUGACAAAAUAUUCAAGUCUUUUUUUAUGUAAUGAAACACAAUAAAGAGGUUUUGGAGGACUUUUGUAAUGUUUCGUGGAAAAAGAAGAAAAACCGAUCGAUAAUAACUGUUGUGAAACAAUUUCGUCACUAUUGUGGUUUCUUGCGUUGUCACAUCACGAACGUAGAACACCUACAGGUUUUCAAAGCUUCCGAAGCUCCUGUUAUUAGCGGCUUAUUCUUCGUAAAUAUAAAUAUUUGCAUAAUUAUCAUUAAUAUCUACGUGAUAAACAUUAGUAUUUUAUACAUUAACAUCUACCAAUAUAUUAUCAGGGUAUCCAGCGUUAAUCAGAAAUAAAGAUACAACAGUU